CAGAGCUCGGGGUAUAUACCAUGACCAAAGCCGCUGCAAAACAUUGAUGUAGACUAUAUCGGAGCACACUAUUACUGCCUAUUUAUAGUAGCACUUAUGUAAUCGCCGGUGUCCCGUCAUCGCCGUCGUCGUCGUCGUCAUCGUCGUCGUCGUCGUCGUCGUCAUUAUGCAUCGGUCUUACAACAACGGUACACAGCACGGCCAAGACUGUAAUAAAAAUCUGGAAGACUGCAAAGAUAAAAUAUGGAAAAAAUGCAAUUUUACCAUUUCAGCGGACCAUUCUCCACACCCUUCAUGGGAUAAUGUAUGCGUUGAACAACUUGUAUGGACAUUCAACAUACAUGCAUACGGAUUUGCAUGUCUUUUUUUCAUUUUAUCGUUUUAUGCCGUUUUCUCAAUCUUGAACAUCAGAUCACAAACAACUAACAAAAAACCAUACAUGGCAGCAAUUAAUGCGUUAUUACUGGCUACAGGUAUUUGUAGGGCGUUUGUAUUAUUCGUCGACCCAUAUAAUACAAGACGAAACAUUUCAUCCGUUGUCACACAUUUGACAUGGGAUCUUGGUUUAUGCAGCUUAGUGACAGCCCUGUCCUUAUUACAAUUAGCUUACUUACAACUAACUCAAUUACAAGCGGGACCUUCAAAUAUGAGACGUAAAUCAGUAGUAGUGACAGCUACUGUAUUAAUUGUUGGAGUUCUUGUUCCGGCAGAUAUAGUUGCAUCCGUUGAUUACAAAUUAUGGGUUUUAGGUAAUGCCGUGCGUAUUCUUUUACAUAUUUGGGGAAUUUGGCUUUGCUGUUUCUUCCUUUACUUAGGUGUUAAAGUAAUGACACUUGUUAAGCGCAUGCCAAAGUCAGUCUUGCAGAACUUUGAUUCACGACAUAAGGGUAUAAUGCAAUUAGGAAUAUUAGCUCCAUACAAUAACUUGGCUACCUCAAUGGCAGCUGCAUUGGUACCAGCCCUAUUAGUUCCACAUCAAUCAAAGGAUUCCAAAGAUAAACCAACUGUGAAGAUAACAGCACCAUCAGAAGUUGCUAAUAGCUUUAAUAGAAUGAAUCGACGAGCUAGUAGUUUUGUACAAAGACAAAAAAGAUCUGGAUCAUUAUUAAGCCCAACUACACCUUCGAGAAGAUCGAGUGAAGUGCAAAGUAUCAUUCAAAAACGACUGAGUUGUGUGGAAGGAAGUAAGCAAUUUCUGGUAUUAAGUCCUAAUAACAAUGCUAGCGACAAUACAGAACCAGAAGAAAGUUCAUGGCGUAAGAGUUUCGCCAAAUCAAUAUCAUGGCAAUUCCCAAAAACUGGAGAAUCAGGCAUUACAAAUGAUACUUCACCAACAACUUCGUCAUCAUUACUUACACCAUUACAACCACAAAGAAGUUUCAGACUUAAGUCUACCGGUCAAGCUGAUCAGGAAACCAGACCUACAACCAGACAUUCAAGCAGUUUUUCAGAUUUAAGUUCUGAAAUGACCUUAAGUACAAUAUUAAAUCAUAUAGCAUUUGUAAAUCGAGGAAAUGGAACAGGUGAUGCUAAAAUGGAAAACGUUCGAAGACGUGCUUCUAAAGUCGCUGUAACUAAAUCAGAAAUCGUUUUAGUGAUAAAAACCGUACAUGUCUGUGCAGGACUGGCAAUGUUAUUAUGUUUUUUUAACUUUGCUACGGAUGUUAAUUUGAUUGGAGUUUACUCAUAUGAUAAACCGUGGUGCUGGCUUAUAUUACAAAGUGUGGUACGAAUUUUGGAAUUGUCAUUAGCCUGCAUGUUAGCAAACCUAACGAAACAACCAGUGAACGUUAUACACCACACUCAAUAUACGCAUCCAUUGAGAGCGAAACUUCGAGGGUCAUUUUUCAUUUAGACCCUGAAAAUCAAAAUAAAAGGGUUAAUUUUAUGACUUGAAAAAUAAUACAAUCACUGAGUUAAUCUUAAGUCUGACGGGAAUACUGCGCAAAUGAGAUCGGGACCAUUAUUUCAAAUGUGCAAUAACAGAUUUUAAAAUAACAGAGUUUAUAUUAAUACAUAAUAUAAAUUUUAUAUUACCUUUAUGACUCAUUUACUUGAGACGAUAUUAUUUUCUUUUAUUUUUCACUUGAAUGUUUUUAACAUUAUUUGCGUAGUAUUCCUUAAGAAAUAUGCAAUCGAUCUUAUUUUUAAAUGUUUUCCUUAUCUCACCUUACACACAAAUAUCUUUAUAAAAAUAUUAAAUACAUGUAUAUUAUAUAUAUAUUUCACUAGCAGUUUAGGUAUAUUUUUAGAAAUUCGAGUAUUAUUUCUCAAAAGUUUAACUACUUUAUUUUACACUAUUAUUAAGUAUAAGCGAAUGCAUUCGGGAAAGAAAUCUGAGUUACCAAAAACGUUUUAUGUUACCUAUUAUAAAAGUAUGUUACCUAAAUAGCUAU